AUGUCUGCGAAACCCGACAAUGACUCUCUUCGGCAACUCAUCGUUUUUCAUACAGUGAAUAUCUCACUGGGUUUGGUGUGCUCAGUGUUAGCCACGACUCUCAUUUUCAUCUUUAUCACAAGUACUCGGAUGCUGAAUCGAAAAUCGAGUAUCGAUUUCCAGUUACUAUUCACGCUUUCUCUGGCCGAUUUCUGCAAUUGCGCGGCGAUCACCCUGAUGGGAGUCGAUCGAGUCACACUUUAUGAGGAUCUACUAGACGGAGGAUCGGCAGGCAGUAAACGAGCCGGUGAAUGCGCGGCAGAGUUGUGGCUUUUCUUCAGAACAAUCGAUCACGACAAUUUCAAAUUUUCCACCGUUUUAUUCGUGAUCUGGGCAUCAAGUCUUGGCUAUGCGGUGGCCUACGGGAGAAGGAAUAAAAAGGCCAAAUAUUUCUGCGGUCGGAAAGCGGCUUUUGGGCGAGCGCGUUUUCGGUUUUCAUUUAUGCGCAUAAUGUUUUCCGGAUACAUUGCCGGAUUGGUGCUCAACGUUACAGCCAUCGAAUUGCGAGUAUCGAUUCGAAUAGUCAUAGAAGGCGUUGCAUCUUUUGCUGACAAGAGAAGAGUUCUCCGCAACGAACUUUAUAUGGAUGCUGACGAAGAAGAGAGA